AAAAACAAUGCAUAGAAAUUGGUUUUCUCCCAAUUUUUAAUUAAAAAAUUUUUGCGCGUAGUGUCGAUUUAUUCUUUAUUUUGUUCUUUUCAUAUGCGCGAUAACAUAAUCAGUAGCCUUCAUAUUGUAGUGCAAGUUCUUAUGUGGAAUAGGAAUUUUGGCUGAUAUUCAGAGUAUUUCCGUAGUUUGCAUCACAAAUCACAUGUUAUUUUGUGUACAACUAAAAUCAUCUGACAAAUAUUUGUUUAAUUGGCAUAUUUUUAUAUUCCGAAAUCAAAAAUUCCUUUCUCGUUUAUUUGCAAACAAUACAACAACAACGGAGCUAACUCCGAUUUUAUCAAAGUUUUUGCGAAAAAGCGAUGAAAUACUCAAAUUUCAUUCUUCCAUCUUAUCUUGUAAAUACUCCUUAUGACUUAUAUAAUCGAAAAAAAAAAUCUAUUUUACUUCCAACUAAAUUAAAUAAAAACGAUUGUGCUGAUGAAUUAACCAUAGAAGAUAAUGGGUUGACAAUGUUUUAUAAUGUGCAAGGGCAUCUUAGUUGGUAUAUUGCAGCUGCCGUUAGAGCGGAUUAUCCUUUACCAGUUGAAGCAGGAUUAUUUUAUUUCGAAGUAUAUAUUGUUAAUCAAGGCUUAGAAGGUUUAAUUGGAAUAGGUUUGAGUGAACCUAAUGUAAAUUUAAAUGGACAACCUGGAUGGAAUGAGAGAUCAUAUGGAUAUCAUGGUGAUGACGGAUUAAAGUUUAUAUCAGACGGAAAUAGAGGUUACGACUAUGGUCCUUUAUACACAACUGAUGAUACAAUUGGUUGUUGUGUGAAUUUUUUUAAUAAUACAUGUUUUUACACAAAGAAUGGAAUUCAUUUGGGAGUAGCAUUUGAUGAUAUUUCUGGUGGGGAAUUAUACCCUACAUUUGGAAUGAGAAAUCCAAAAGCAUAUAUUGAAGUAAAUUUUGGUCAAAAUCCUUUUGUUUUUGAUAUUGAUCAAUAUGCAAAGAGAAUAUUCCAAGAUGCAGAAAAGAAAAAAGAGUGGGCUAAAUUAUCUGAAUUAUAUAUAUAAAUAAAUAAUUAUUAACAUUAUAAUAAUUUGAAUAUUGUUUCAUUAAUAACCCUUUACUUUGAAUUUAUUAAUUAAUUAAUACAAAUAGUAAAAUCAUUUAUUAAUAUAUCUUUAAAAGAAUUUUUAUAAUUGAUAUAAUCGAUGUAAAUAAAUAAAUUAUUUGGCAAU